GUGUGAGAGAGAGAGUGUUUGUGUAUGCAUGUGAUAGAGGGAGAGAGCGGAAGGGAGUGUGGGAGGGAGAUGGAGACGUAGCAAAAGCAGCAGCACUGCCUCACAUUGGACCUCAAACAGAAGAUUCUAAAAUCUCAGGAUUUCUUUUCCAAACACGGUUCAUUUGAGGAAUGCCUAAUUGAAUAGCAAGAGAGCGGGAAGUAGCCAAGCAGAACAGGGAAUCACCUGCCUUUGCUUCCUUUGGGGAAGAGGACCUUUUUUGACAGGCAAAAGCGGAGAUGAUUCUAUAAUCAAAUUCAGCUGGAGAGUGUUUAAACUGCAGGAACCAUAUCUACAUGACUGAGGCUGUAUCAUCCUGCCUGUGUGCAUAUUUCACAAAAGUGAAUUUUCCUUUUUGCUCCUUCUCAGUCCCUUCAUUUAUUUUCUUAAUAUCUCUGAUCUUUUCCUGCAAGUUCAAAGCAGAAAACCACUCAAAUUAUCAUCAUGGGUGAUAAAGGCACAAGGGUAUUCAAGAAGGCAAGUCCAAAUGGAAAGCUAACUGUGUAUCUUGGCAAGAGGGACUUUGUUGACCAUGUGGACAUUGUAGAGCCUGUUGAUGGUGUGGUUUUAAUUGAUCCAGAGUACUUAAAGGAGAGGAAAGUGUUUAUAACACUGACAUGUGCUUUCCGCUAUGGGCGAGAGGACUUGGAUGUUCUUGGGUUGACAUUUCGAAAGGACCUCUUUGUGUCAAAUGUACAGGCAUUUCCUCCUGUGCCUGAGGAGAAGAAAAGCCUGACACGUCUACAGGAGCGGCUGAUUAAAAAGCUGGGAGAGCAUGCCUAUCCCUUCACCUUUGAGAUACCUCCCAAUUUACCCUGCUCAGUCACACUGCAACCUGGACCAGAAGAUACUGGCAAGGCCUGUGGGGUUGACUUUGAAGUGAAGGCUUUCUGUGCUGAAAACGUUGAAGAGAAAAUUCACAAAAGGAACUCAGUGCGGCUUAUCAUUAGAAAAGUCCAGUAUGCCCCAGAGAAGCCGGGUCCACAACCAAUGGCAGAGACAACAAGACAGUUUCUCAUGUCAGAUAAACCCUUACACCUAGAGGCCUCGCUUGACAAAGAGAUCUACUACCAUGGUGAACCAAUUAGUGUAAAUGUUCAUGUCACAAACAACACAAACAAGACUGUGAAGAAAAUGAAGAUCUCAGUGCGUCAAUAUGCUGAUAUUUGCCUCUUCAACACUGCCCAGUACAAAUGUCCAGUUGCAAUGGAGGAAUCAGAUGACAUUGUGGCUCCAAGUGCAACAUUCUGUAAGGUAUAUACUCUCACCCCCUUUCUUGCCAACAACCGAGAGAAGCGUGGCUUAGCUUUAGAUGGAAAGCUCAAACAUGAAGACACAAAUUUAGCCUCAAGUACACUGUUACGAGAAGGAGCCAGUAAAGAAAUUCUGGGUAUCAUUGUGUCUUAUAAAGUCAAAGUGAAAUUGGUAGUGUCUCGUGGUGGGCUCUUGGGAGAUCUUGCCUCCAGUGAUGUUGCAGUAGAGCUGCCCUUCACAUUAAUGCAUCCUAAACCUGAUGAGGAAUCCAUCUUCAAAGAUGUAAUCAGAGGCUCUGGGAAACCCAAGAGGAAAGCAUGUAGGGUAGAAGGACAAGAAUGUACAGAGGCACUAGAAAACGAUGCACCCAUUGACACAAACCUGAUCGAGUUUGACACAAAUGAUGAUGAUAUCAUUUUUGAAGAUUUCGCAAGGCAGCGACUUAUUGGAGCAAAGGAUGAAAAAGAAGAGGAGGAGGAAGGUAUAGACUCACCUAAGCUGAAUGACAGAUAGAUGAAGUCAAUAAAUGGUUUACUUUAUCACAACCUAAGGGAGCCACGGAAAAACCCUGUAGAGACAAACCAGAAGUUUGUAACACCCUUUAACACACAUCACUGUGGUGCAGUUGUUGUGCUCCUGUUUGCGUAUGUUUUCUCCAUCUUGACUGGGUGUAAAAAUUGUGUUGAAAAAGUGUUGAAAAAUGUUACCUCCUUAGAUAAGCAUUUAGCAGAUGAGAAGAAUUCACUGGCUUUCUACAGGGUGUCUACGUGGUAUUUAUAGUAAGACACAUUAAGGAAUACCAUUGGAUUAUGGUGAAAAUGACUUUCAACUAUAGCAUGCCUUUGUUAUCAUUUUGCUUUCUUGUUCUUUUUUCUAUUAAAAAAUGAAAAAUUAGAGACAGUAAAUUUGUGAUUAAACCUGUUUAAUUUAUUUCUGUCCAAAACACUCUGUAAAGGAGAGCAAAUGUUAUUACUAUUACUACUGUCUGGUUGUUUUGUUUUAAUGUCCUGCAUUAAUUAACAAACAAAGUCAACUAUUAAACAAAGUCAAGUAUAAAAAUGUUAAUGUAGGUUAAAAAUGUUAAAAGAUUUUAGUGUAAGUUGUCUUUAUUGAGUAAUGACACAAUGGCACUUUUGCUAUGGGAAGUCAUCUUGUCUGAUUUACAGGAUACUUGUAGACACUAGGGAUGUGUAACAAAAAAAAUAAUCACAUGUUUUUGGGGGUUGGGGGGAAAUUACUAUUUUUUCAAAAGUUAAUUUAAUUACAACUAUGGAUAUAAAUAAACAAAUUUAAUAAUGAACUAAAUAACAUUACUGUGCAUCAGAAGCAGCCUUAUAAUUAAAAGCAUUUUUAAUUAUUUAGUGUAUAACGUAAGCCCAAUUAUGUGUGCUAUGCUAAAAAACUAAAUGAGAAAAUGACAAACAAACAAACACAACAAAAAUGCUACUGUAGAAAUGACAAUGCAGGAGCAACUAAAAAGGAAUCCAAAACUAACAGUCACUAAUUUUGAGAUAUGUAGAAAUGGGAUUUGCAUCGAUCUAUAUGCCUCAAUCUCUAUCAUUUAAUAUGAAUUUUUGUAAAAUACUAAGAAAAUAUAAGUUUUCUAGCUGAUACAGUAUAUAAGUGUAUUGUGCAAUAUAUACAGUGGAUAUAAAAAUUCUACACACCCCUGUUUUAACCAGGCUUCCACAUUUUGGUGAAGUUAGAUCUUAAGUGUCUGAAAACACUUAUGACUUCCCACCCUACCCCAUACCUCAGACAUGACAUAUUCCUUUAAUGUUUCUUUAGGUCUCUCUCUCUUUUUUUUUUUUUAGCUUUUUCUUUUUUAUAAAUCUUGCCCUGUUUUUGGUGAUGUCACUGUAGUACUCCAUAUACUAUAUUUCUUUAUGACAGCCUUUAUGGUGUUCCAUAGUGAAAUCCUUGCAUGCUUUAUAAGCUCUUUGUGGACCGUUGGAUGAAACCAAGAUGUGAAGAAAAUUCAUUAAAAAAAACAGCUGAUCUUUAUUUAUGCCUAAUCAUAAUCAUUUCAUUGUGGAUAGCUUGAUACCUUCAGAACGCAGCCAUAUUGCAUCCAUGUUAUUGUAACUUUUUUUAAUUACAAUUUAUAAAUAUUAUAACAUUUUUUCUGAUGUUAGUGGGCACGGUGGCUUAGUGGUUAACACGUUCGCCUCACACCUCCAGGGUUGGGGUUCGAUUCCCGCCUCCGCCUUGUGUG